GAGGGGAGACUGUGCGGAUACAGCAGUUUCUGAGGGGAGGCUGUGUGGAUACAGCUGUUCCUGAGGGGAGGCUGUGCGGAUACAGCUGUUCCUGAGGGGAGGCUGUGCGGAUACAGCUGUUCCUGAGGGGAGGCUGUGCGGAUACAGCUGUUCCUGAGGGGAGGCUGUGCGGAUACAGCUGUUCCUGAGGGGAGGCUGUGCGGAUACAGCUGUUCCUGAGGGGAGGCUGUGCGGAUACAGCUGUUCCUGAGGGGAGGCUGUGCGGAUACAGCUGUUCCUGAGGGGAGGCUGUGCGGAUACAGCAGUUUCUGAGUAUUGUAGCUUUGGAAAGCGGAACGAUAUUUUGUUGGAGACACUGGUGAAGAUUGAAGCAGUGGGCGCACUGGCCUUCCAUCCCUGCUCGGGGCUGGACAGCACAUUUCCAGCGGGCGCUUCAACAGAAUUAAAUGACGAAAGGGGCUCCAGGGGAGUGAUUAUGAAGAAAAAAUUGUCACCAAGCCACAGGAGGAGAUAUUGAGGCAGGUGACUGAGAUCAAAGAGAAGUGGAGCGGUUUACCAAAGAAACACCAAAGUUUAACAUUCAGGUGUUGAAGAUAUAUGUUGGCAAAAGGAACAAAACGGAAAUUUAGUGAACAUGAAGAUGGGCUGGAAGGCAAAGUGUCCUGUGGGCAUGUUCCUUCCAAGGUGUCAUACACCUUACAGCGCCAGUCUAUCUUCAACAUUUCCCUCAUGAAACUUUAUCAGCAGCAACCAUUAAUGGAGCCCAGCCUGCAGAAGACGGUAUUAAUUAACAAUAUGCUGAAACGCAUUCAGGAAGAACUGAAACGGGAGGGGAACUUGCGACCUGUGUUCAUUGCCCCCUCUCAGUCCAGUGACACACUCAAUGAUAAUUACAGAGAGGUCCAACCUGCCUUCAAUCAUUUUCCUUCCCCUCCAGUCCAGGUGACUAGCAGCACCCCUCCAGACCUGUGCCUGACACCAGCCUCUGACCUGGAGGAAGAUCCCUUCAGCAGCUGUCAGAGUGUUACACUCGGUCCCAGCAAGCCACAGAACCAUUCACGCAAAGACAGUUUCUCUUCAGCCUUGGAAGAAAUUGAAGAGCUAUGCCCAUCCUCGACUACCACAGACUCGAAGGUCAGCAGAGGGCAUUUAAGUGAAGGUGGCAGUGAGAAACCUGCAGAGAUACAAGAGAACAGAGCAUCAGAGUCCAGGCUCACAGACCCUUUACCGGGCAACUUUGAGAUUACCACCACAAGCUUCCUAACUGACCUGACACUUGAUGACAUUCUGUUUGCAGACAUUGACACCUCGAUGUAUGACUUUGAUCCCUGUGCGAGUGCCACAGGGCCAACGUCCAAAAUGACUGCAGUCACAGCAGAUGACAUUCUGAAAACAUUAUCUCCUUACAGUAGCCAAUCAGUGACUCCAAGUCAACCUUUCAAAAUGGACCUUGCGGAGCUGGACCACAUCAUGGAGGUUCUAGUCGGGUCUUGAUGCGGCAGAAACACCAAGGACUCGGGUUUUAUAGGCUGUUUGCAGAUAACAUUCAAAUAAUUAUUGUUUUAAAAUGUGAUGGAAUCACUGCAAAUUCUGUGCAUGCCUCUAUAAAAUAACAAUUACACUAGAUAUUGUUUCUGUAGAGUUGAGAAUGUUUUCAUCUGUGUGUCCUCUAGUAUGGUUUUAAAUGUUUUAUUAAUCAUUGCUUUGUUACUCUGAUUACCUGCUGUCGAUGAGCAUUGGGUUCAGAGAGCAGGUCUGACGUGUUGUGCAUCGUACACACGAAGCCUAAGGGUCAUAUCAUAAACAUGAUGGCAAGUCAGUAAGUCAGACUGUGGAGGUCUCAAUAUUUUUCCAGUUGUCUUUUAGUUCAGACAUUCAUUUUGUUAUUAGCUGACUGUGGCUCUUUUAAACUGUAUUCUGUGUUUGUUUGUUUUUAGUUUUUGUACAGGAUUGGCAGUUGAUUGUAUCUUUUUCUGAAAUACCUUUUGAUACACGGGACGUAGUUAUUUUGCUAGGAAGUGCCCUCACCAAACCCGGUGAAGUUGAGGUGAACAAGGGUCACUUCUAUUUUUUAUACACAAUGUUCAUGUAGCAGGUGCAAGGGGAAUAUUAAGAGCAUCUAAGAUGAUAAGCAUGCUAUUAAUGAAAAGAUUUGGGGUCAGGAAAAUGUAUUUUAACUGUAUUUUAAAGAACAGAACUUGUCAGGAAUAAUUGUCCCUUUCCCAGCAUGUUUGACUGAACCCUAAAUUCAUCACUUACAGCAUUACCUAUACAUUCCUCCGAGAUGGUUCAUUAUCAUCAUCUGGUUCAAAGUUGGAUGAGCUGCACCUAUAGGCUCUGAUUUUGCUGGAUCCUGUCCUGUUAACAGUGUCGGGUUUUUAUGUUUCUUGUCCUGGAAGUUUCUGGAAGCAGUGGGAGGAGCUUGGUGAUUGGCUGGACCAACGGUCUGUUUCCUUAACUGAUGAGGUGAAAGAAUUGUGAGAAAUGAACAGGGAGGGAUGAAGAAGGGGGUGAAUGAAAGUAAGUGAUUUACUGUCAAAUUAGAUACACAAAGGGAAGUUAAGGAAGGGAAUGAAAGAUUAAUAUGACUGGGAGAAAAGAGAAACCAGAAAAUAUUCACUUUUUAGACAUUUUUAAAAUCAUUUCCAAACUUGUUCACUUUCUGGGGUAGAUAGGUUGAUUUGAAGUCUUUGAGCAAUCAUUGGUGUUGGUCAAUAGGUAAUUACAUUGAUAAUUACGAGACUCCAGUUCCUGCAUAUUAAAGGAACCAUUAGUGCUGAAAUAUAAUCACUUCAUGAAAAUCACACAGGUUGAAAGCAAAAUGUUGUUUCCAUGAAAGAAAUGGAAUGGUACAAAGCUUCUGGCAACUUGGGUUUUAUGUGAAAUCUUUCCUUGCUGUGAGCUGAUGACAUUCACACACUCUUUGUUAUUUAGUCAGUAAAAUCUGAGUGCCUCUUGUAUUUUUCUCCAGCUAUUCCCAAUCAUUUCCUUAAUCUAUUGAUUCUGGAGCAGGAGCUCCUCACACUGCAGCACCCUGUUUGUACCUUAGAGACGUUCAACAACAAGAAACCUAUGCAAUUGGGUGAAAUGAACAAUAUAGAUGUCUUGCAUUUUCUGAAAAUCUAAGGGCAAUAACCUGGUGCUAUGUUGACCAUUUUGGGGGGGGGGGGGGGGGGGGGUGAGAUUCAAGUUAGAAUCAGACCAAAUGGAUUUCCAGUUAAAUAGCAGGAAUUGGGCUAAGCCAAUCUGGUUGUGCUUUUUACUUCCUAGCUGUUCCUGCUCACUGAAAUCCCACAGUGUGGGAGGGUGUAUGCCUUUAUAAAAAUAAGCUUAUCUUCCUCCAAAAAGGGUUUUCAAAGCAUCUCAAAUCCAGCUGGGUUUGCUCUGAUUGUAAAGUGCAGCAGCACGUUGCAACUCUAUACAGGGCAGUGCUGGGAGUGGGGCUUUUUAAUUUAAAAACUGUUCCAAAAACCAGCAAUAAAGUUUUUUUUGUGUUUGUUGAAAGGUUUUAUUGCAGCCUGAGGAAAGUACCUGAUUCUUCUAUUUUACCGAUACUUUUCAAAAAACAAGCUUGUGUAAAGUGUUCAGUCGACAUUGACCAGAGUGCUGCUUGCACUUCGUUGUUAGCUGUGAUUCUGUCGAUGCCUUUUUGUUGUUGCACCUCAGUAAAGCUUUUCUGAGCCUCUGUACUGAAUUCAACUACAGAGCAUCACGUUGUGUUUCCAGUCGGAGCGGUGCUUCCUUUUGUAUUAUUCUUUAGCCCGGUUUCUGAAUAAGAAUCUCCCUCUUUUUUUUCCCCCCUCACAACCAUCUCCCCCACCUCCCACUUUAGUUUUAAAGAAUCAAAUUUCAGGCAAAAUCUGAGCUCUAUGCAUGACUUUUACACUGAGUGUAAUGACGCUUUCUACAGCUGAUAUUUAUGCAUAGACAAGCAUAUUUGGUAUUUGUCUUGUAGAUCGCUUUAAAGAUGAUUGGAAUGUACUAUGCAUAAUGCCAAAUUAUAUCAUUGCAUUCUAGCUUUUGUUAUUUUUUAACGAUACCAUGGCAGUUGUGUGAAAACUCCAACGUUGUAUUGUUGCAAUGCAUAUGGCUAAUUCAGGAGUCACUCUUUUUAAAUUAAUUUAUUUAAGAAUGUUUAAAUUAUGUUUGGUAUCCCAUGUUAUAUUAUCUGUUUAAAUUCUACUCUUUGUCCUUGCAAUGAAAAUGGUUUGUUGCUGUAACUGUGACUAUCUUUGGGUUUUUAUGUUGAAAAUUUGAAACUUUUUAUAAACAAGAUGAAGGACAGCCAGUGAUUGGCUUUACUUGGCCCAGUUUCAGACUGUGUGUGUUUUUCCCCUGAAAAGCCAAGGCUUGGAAUGUGUGGGUUACCACCAGAAAUGGCUGAUUUUGUAACGAUCUACGGUGUCACCUUACAGGAGUUAAAGUAUUGGGCAAAUUCUCUUGUCCAAUUGGAUGAAUCAGAUAAAUUAUUGAGCUUUGAAUUGAUUGGGAACUAACCAAAAAAUGAUUCCUUCCUUCAGGUAAAUUCACUAUGCAGUUUGUAUACUCUCUCUGAUUUUAGGAAUAUUAGGACUUUCAAAUUAACUGUUUAAAUUUAAUACAGAUGUUUUAAUGGGGAUUUUUUUAAGCACACUCAGAAGUGGCCAUUUCAAAAUGGUGCCAGUGUACAAAAGCUGUUUAAUGUAAAAUGUACAGUGUUUGGACAGUAAUGAUAAAUACUAUAAACUCAAGGACCAUGCAGCAAUGUCUCAUUGGUUCCUGGAAGGUAACACCAACAACAAGAACAGAGUAGAACAAGAACUUUAAUUGAUAUCUCUCCUCAUAUCUUAUUUAUUCUCUUUGUAAAUAUAUUUAUUUUUAUUGUGUAGCCAGCAAAAUCUGGAUUGGAUGUGUACAGAAUGUAUGUCUCGUAGGAAUGUAUGUAGGAUCAGGAAUGUACAUUUCUAUGCUGAUCAGCAGAAGCCAUAAUCCGAGAGAUUGUUGUGUCCAAGUUGUCUUGAGGUUCCCUCAAGUGCAUCUCACUUCUAUCAAGGCAGUAACACCACAAUGUCCUGCCAGUCUCGGAUCUGUGCCUUUUUCUAUGCAAUAUUUCAAUAUAGACAUCUGGAAAGCAAGGUUACUGUAUUCACAGCACGCCAAGCUGUAAUUGACUCAAUGCAAUUAGACAAAUGUCAGUAGAGUUGAGCAGUCUUACUUUUGUAGUUUUUUAUUCAACAAUAAACUUUAAAAUCAAA